UAGGGGGUUUGCAACCGGCAAUAGUUGGUACGAGAUACGAGCUAUGAGUUAAGACCUAUGAAUUACGGCAGCAAAGCGCAUAAUGGUUGGCUAGUUACAAAUGCCAAAAUGUAACGGAUUCUGAAGGAAAUGUAUAAACUUCGCCUAUAACUCAUAAUAUACAAUAAUUCCUUCAUGAGUGGGAGAUGAUGCCGACUAACUCACGCCUGGGAAAUUGUAGCGAUGGUUUUGAAUGGGAUACGUUGAUGGAAGUUGUUCAUGAACCUAUUGAAAAAAAUUACAAAUUACUUGAAGAGAUAGGAAAAGGCCAAUUUGCAAUAGUUAGAAAAUGCGUGGAGCAAAAAAGUGGAGCAGAAUACGCUGCUAAAAUUAUGAGAAAAAGAAGGGUUGCUCGAGGAGUUGCUGCAGCUGAUAUUGCUCGUGAAGCUGGUCUAUUGGCUCAAUUGAGACAUCCCAAUAUUGUAUCUCUAUAUAAAGUUAUAGAUACUGGAACUAAUGUAGUAUUACUAUUGGAAUUAAUUACUGGUGGAGAAUUGUUUCAUUGGAUGCCAUCUAAUGAAGCUGAAGCUGCAUAUGUGGUUGGUCAAGUUUUAAAGGCAUUGAGUCACUUACAUUCUCAUCAAGUUGCUCACUUGGAUAUUAAACCUGAAAAUAUUCUUUUAUCAUCUUCACCACCAAUGCCCAAUGUUAAAUUAAUUGAUCUUGGCUUAUCACAUCGACUGAUACCUGGUUCUGAACAUCGAGCUCUUUUUGGAACACCAGAAUUUGUUGCUCCAGAAAUAGUUAAUUAUGAGCCACUUAGUUUAGGAACUGAUUUAUGGGCUGUCGGUGUUUUAACGUAUAUAUUACUAAGUGGUGCUUCACCAUUUUUAGGAGAAGAUAAACAAGAAACUUAUGCUAAUGUCGCAGCAUGUCAAUAUCAAUUUGAUGAAAAAUAUUUCUCCAAUGUUUCUAAAUAUGCUAAGGAUUUUAUACAAUCUUUGUUAGUCAAGGAUCCUAAAAAAAGAGGGACUGCAGAAUCUUGUUUAACACAUGCAUGGAUUCUUACGGAAUUUCAAGCUUGUCAAGGACUUGGAGAAGCAAUUGUCAGCGCUGUAAAAGGGGAAUGUAUCCAAACUGUGUCAAGUUUACUGCAACAAGGAGCACCUUUAAAUAUUAUAAAUUUUAAUCAGGACACACUAUUACACGUUGCAUGUAGAACUGGAAACGAAGGGAUAGUGGCACUUUUAAUAGAUCAUGGAAUAGAUUUAGAUGUAACCAAUAAAGAUGGCUUAACUCCUUUACAUCUUGCUGCUAAAUUUGGCUGCAUUGAUAUUGUAAGACUUUUAUGCACAGCAGGAUGUGAUAUAGAUAAAGCCAAUCGAGGUAUUCGAGCAGAUGUUACUGCUAUUAAGUAUGGCUUUUCAGAUAUUGCAAGUUUAUUGGAUAAAUUAAGAAAUUCAACCCAACGAGAUCUAUAUAUUAAACAGCUGCAGCCAAUUCGCAGACAAAUAGAUUGUUUGCAUAUUCAUAUUUUAGGACAUUGUGCCUCAGGAAAAACUUCACUUAUUAAUUCUUUGAGGUCAAGCAUUUUUAAUUUUGGAUUUUUUAAAAGAUCAAAAAAUCAGAGUCACAAUACAAAACGUGAUCCUAGUAUUGAGUUAGAUAUUACCAUAAAGCAUGAUUCUCUUAGUUUUGAACACAGUGAUAAUGAAUAUGAAAGUACAAUUGGAGUUGAAACUAAUCGCGGAAACAUAGGUGGAGAAUGUGUAUUUUGGGAAUUAUGUGGCCGAGAAGAGUAUUUAGUUUCUUAUCACCAAGCAUUAAUGGUUCAUCAACCAAUGCAAGUGCAUUUAAUAACAAUAAGUUUACGUCAGCCACUUAUUGUAAGAUUACAACAAGCACGAUUUUGGUUGCAAUUUAUAAUGGAUCGAAUUCCACCAGAAAAUAUAGGAUUUGCAGGAAAAUGCAUUGAAAUACAAGUUAUUUUAGUUGGUACAUAUGCUCCAGAACUUCCCAUCAAUAAUACAAAUGGAAUAAAUCUUCUUACACCCUUAUUAGAAUCUUUAAAAGAAUUUACACCUCUUUUAGGAGAAGAACCUCAGGUUGUUGCUUUAGAUGCCACAAAUCCAUCUUGUCCUGGUUUGAAAUUACUAAGAACGUAUUUGAAUAAUUUAAGAGUAAAAUUUGUGGAGAAUACACAUGAUCUGACAUGUAAUGGGCUCAUUGACGCUUGGCGAAUUCAUAUGCAAUCAUUGGAAGAGCCUCUUAUGUUAUUAGAUUUGAAAGACUUUAUAAAUCAAGUUAGGCAAAUUAAUCCACUAGUUACUUUAGAGCAUUGUAAACAACUUGGAGAACAAUUACAAGCAUUGGGAGAUUGUCUUUUAUUACCCGGCGAUUUAUAUGUUUUGAGUCUUAAUUGGCUUUGGAGAGAUAUAAUUGGUUGGCAAUUGAAUCCAGAUCAAAAAAAUCGCUUAAGUAUUCGAACAACAGGAGUGUAUACUUUAGAAGAUUUUCAAGCUCGAUGUCCCUGUCCAGCUAAUCAAGCUUUACAAAUACUGCAAGCUUUUCAUCUAUGUGUUCCAUGUGUGGUUGAUGAAGAAGAACUAGAAUAUGAAAUUCCAUGUUUAAAUUUAAUUGAGCGAUUGCCAGGUUUAUGGGAACCUUGGACAUCGUCAACUUUAAUUUUAACGCCACAUGCUGGGUUUCGAUUAUGUCCAACAGAAGCUCGGUUGUAUAAUCUAUUACCACUUUUUCCACAUUUGCAAGUACAACUAAGAAAAAUUACUCAAUCGUGGAAUUGUGAUGAAUCUGAUUUAUAUCAAUGGUGGAGGGGUUCCAAACUAUGUUUAGGUCCUUGUGAAUGUAUUAUUACUUUAGAAGAAGAAGAACAAGGAUGUAUUCAAGUGUGGAUUCGCGGCCCACGUGGUACUGGAUUGCAAUGUUUUUCUCUUCUUAAUGUUGUUGUUGAUGCUAUUGAUUCUGUUAUUGAAAUUGUUGCUCCAGGAAUAUUAUUAGAAAAGCACUGGCAAAGCCCAAGUCAAUUACGGGAUUAUGAUGAGACCAUUCACUCUUGGGAACCAACGUUAAUUAAUUCAGUAUUAUUAGAAAGAAAUUUUCAAGAAGCAUAUUUAAAAAAUCCAUUUAAUGGUCAACGAGAAAGUGUUUGGGAUAUAAUAGGUUGUGGAUUAACUUCUAUGGAGAAUUGUAUUCCUGGAAUAAAACAACCAGUUAAAAAUAUUAAACCAGCUAUUCAAAGACGCUUAGCUCAGCUGCUUGAUCCUCCUGAUGCAUUUGGUAGAGAUUGGUGUUUAUUGACUGUAAGACUUGGUUUAGGAGAUAGGGUUGCACAAUUUGAUAGUACAAUCAACAGUCCAACAUUAAGAAUUUUUAGUUACGCGAGUCCUAAAUGCACUGUCGGUAUUUUAAUACGUCAACUUCGUGCUUUGGGAAGAGAUGAUGCUGUAAAAGUUUUAUUAACAUUCACGCCAACUUAUAUAAUGUUAAAUACUUUAGAAUCCGAUACAGGAUCUAAUUUUUCAAGAUGACGAUCUUAUUUUUGUUAUAAAUGUUAACCAAUUUUUUACGAAAAAUUCAAUU